UGCCGGUGUCGUGCAAUUUGCAUAGUCCCUAUGGCGGCCGCACUGAAAGACACUGUGGCGCUCUACGAGAAUUUGAAGUCCGAGUGGAACAAGAAGAACCCGAGCCUUAACAAAUGUGGCGAUAUUUUGAGCAAACUCAAGGUUUCUUUGCUGGAACUCAAUUUCUUACCAACUUCGGGAACCAAGCUCACCAAGCAGCAGCUGAUUUUAGCCCGUGAUGUGCUGGAAAUCGGUGCUCUGUGGAGCAUCCUGAAGAAGGACAUCCCUUCCUUUGAGAGAUACAUGUCACAGCUCAAAUGCUACUACUUUGACUACAAAGAUGAGUUGCCGGAGUCAGCCUAUAUGCACCAGUUGCUGGGUCUGAAUUUGCUCUUCCUGCUGUCCCAAAACCGGGUUUCCGAAUUCCACACAGAGCUGGAGAGACUGAGCGCUCGAGAUAUUCAAACUAAUGUCUACAUCCGACACCCUGUGUCUCUGGAGCAGUAUUUGAUGGAAGGCAGCUACAACAAAGUGUUUCUUGCCAAAGGAAAUAUUCCUGCACAAAGUUACACCUUUUUCAUUGAUAUCCUGCUGGACACUAUUCGAGAUGAAAUUGCGGGCUGCAUCGAGAAGGCAUAUGAGCAGAUCCAGUUUAAUGCGGCCACACGUGUGCUGUUUUUCUCCUCGUCCAAGAAGAUGACGGAGUAUGCCAAGAAGAGAGGCUGGAUUCUGAAUGCCAAUGGUUACUACUCAUUCAGCAGUUGUCAGCAGCGCACAGAGGAAGCAACAAUUCCCUCCACAGAACUGGCUCAGCAGGUCAUCGAGUACGCCCGGCAGCUGGAGAUGAUUGUGUAGCAACCCACAAGAAUGUGUGUGUCACAUAGUGAGCUGUGAUGGGCAUGCUGGUAGCAAAGAAUCGGUAAGAUGCUGGCAAAAAUACCAUCAAUGUAGUACUGAAUCUUGUUGCUACUGCUGCCUGUUCACGUGCAUUUCAUUUUGUACUGUUAAACUGUUCAUUUUGGUCCAGUAUGGCAUUUAACAUUUUCUGUUUGAACCAGGUGGAGUGCUGGGAAAGACCUACUGGUAUCCAUGUUUGUCAUUAACUAUUAACAUUUAUUAAAAUAUGACAGGUACAUGCAGUUGGUUGGUAAAAGUAAACACAUUUAUUGCAGUUUUUAAAAAUAAGUUUUGUAGUUUUUUUUUGCUUACCAUUCAGCUGUUUGGCAUUUUGUUGUGCUGGGUAGCUUGUAUUGCAAAGCAGGAGGAGUGAACCACUCGGGAUAUUUCUAGGUGGGAAUCCUUGGGCACAACCAACUUGAUAGGGGUGUUUUGCUGUGUAAUGGGAUAAAUGUUUUUAUAUAUUGCAAGAUAAGGAUGUUUAUAACAGACAAAUGUCUUGUAUGGUUUGUAUUUAUGUUGGCUGUUAUUUCUGGAAAAUAUGUACUUUGGAAUUAGUUGUUGAGGCUGUUAUGGUAUAGCCAGAAGGGUGGAGUUACACCUAUCAAGUUUCCUAGUUAGGAGACUCAUGCAGACACAGGCACUCACAUAACAAACAGGAGAGCUGUGUAUUGCUGUUGGUA